UUCACAAUGAGACUCCUCCCCUUGACUCUUCUCGGCCUGACUGCCUCCGCCGUCGGCCAGUCCUCGUCCUCCGAUGUGCCCAGCCCAACCACUCCUGCUGUGGCGGAGGUUGCUCAACCCUCUCCCGAUAUCUCAGGCCUGAUCGAUGCUGCUGCCAGCGACAGCUCCGCCAUCGACGCCUUCUUCAAGUGCCUCUGGCCCACCACCGAUCGUGUUGUGGCUGAACUUGUCAACCUCAAGACUGUCGACUUCGACAAGCUCAUCGACGAGCUACACUGGGAAAUCCUCUGGUGGGGACACCCUGAGAAGUGGGUGCCCGACCUUGCCGGUAUCACGCUGAAUGUCACCUUCGUCGCGGCGUGCGUCCUUGAAGUCGUUGGCGAGGGCCUUGCAGUCACUGGCCUCGACUUCACCAACGAGUUCCUCAAGACGCUCGACUUGAUUCCUCGCAAUGCAAGCAACACCGAUGUUCCCGGUCUGCGGAAGUAGACAAUCCAAUUCAUAAGGGUAUAGAGGGAUAUUCAAAGUUGGGAUCGAAUUGGAAGGGGUCGGGGUUUCAGAACAUAAUUGUACUUUAGAUGUUGAACAUUCUGUCUCAGUUGAGGCUUGUUGGUCAUCUAUAUUCAGUUCAGAAGAGUAUUCUAUAGAAUAAUGGGAUUAUAGAGUAAUGAGCGA